AUGGCAGACCAUCUUUUACAUUAUAACGACUCGGCCGGGGUUGGGAACCGAUUCGCCCGCAAAGGGGCUUUGCGGCAGAAAAACGUGCAUGAAGUGAAGAACCACAAAUUUACUGCGAGAUUUUUCAAGCAGCCGACGUUCUGCAGCCACUGUACAGACUUCAUAUGGGGAUUUGGGAAACAAGGAUUUCAAUGCCAAGUGUGCUGUUUUGUGGUCCACAAACGGUGCCAUGAGUUCGUCACAUUUUCCUGUCCCGGAGCCGACAAGGGUCCUGACACGGACGACCCCAGAAGCAAGCACAAGUUCAAGAUCCACACAUACGGCAGUCCCACCUUCUGUGACCACUGUGGUUCACUGCUGUACGGACUCAUCCACCAAGGGAUGAAGUGUGACACCUGCGACAUGAACGUGCACAACCAGUGUGUGGUCAACGUGCCGAGCCUGUGUGGGACGGACCACACGGAGCGCCGGGGUCGCAUCUUCCUCAAGAUCGAGGUCAUCUUGGACCGGCUGCACGUCACAGUGGGUGAAGCCAGGAACCUGAUUCCUAUGGAUCCAAAUGGCCUAUCAGACCCGUACGUUAAACUCAAGCUCAUCCCUGACCCAAAGAACGAGACCAAGCAGAAGACCAGAACCAUCCGUUCCUCUCUCAACCCCUGCUGGAACGAGUCCUUCAGCUUUAAGCUCAAAGCAUCAGAUAAGGACCGCCGUCUGUCCAUUGAGGCGUGGGACUGGGACCGAACCACCCGUAACGACUUCAUGGGCUCCAUGUCGUUUGGAGUGUCUGAGCUCAUCAAAGCGCCCAACUGCGGAUGGUACAAGUUGCUGAACCAGGAGGAGGGAGAGUAUUACAACGUCCCCAUCCCUGAGAUGGACGACGUCAACCUGGAACUCAGACAGAAGUUUGAGGCCUGCCAGUUAAAUAUCCACUAUCUCAAGAAAGCCAAGCUGGGCCACGGGAAGAAAGUGAUCACGCCGUCAGACCACCGGCGGUUCAGCCUGCCCUCCAGUAACAUGGACCGGAUCCGACUGAACGACUUUAACUUCCUGGCCCUGCUGGGGAAGGGCAGCUUUGGCAAGGUGAUGCUGGCGGAGAUGAAGUCGACAGAGGAGCUGUACGCCAUCAAGAUCCUGAAGAAAGACGUCGUGAUCCAGGAUGACGACGUUGAAUGUACGAUGGUGGAGAAGAGGGUCUUGGCCCAGAGAGACAAGCCGCCCUUCCUCACGCAGCUUCACUCCUGCUUCCAGACUGUGGAUCGCCUGUACUUUGUUAUGGAGUACAUCAACGGGGGAGACCUUAUGUAUCAUAUCCAACGUAUGGGCAAAUUCAAGGAGCCACAGGCAGUGUUUUAUGCGGCGGAGAUUGCUGUCGGUUUGUUUUUCUUGCACCGAAAGGGAAUCAUCUACAGGGAUCUGAAGCUCGACAACGUGAUGCUGGACUCUGAGGGACACAUCAAAAUCGCUGACUUUGGCAUGUGUAAGGAGAACAUGUAUGAAGGCAUGUCGACGCGCACUUUCUGCGGGACGCCAGACUACAUCGCCCCAGAGAUUAUAGCAUACCAGCCUUAUGCAAAAUCAGUGGACUGGUGGGCUUAUGGAGUUCUUCUGUAUGAGAUGCUGGCAGGACAGCCCCCGUUUGAUGGGGAAGAUGAAGAUGAGCUCUUCCAGUCCAUCAUGGAGCACAACGUGUCCUACCCCAAGUCCAUGUCCAAAGAAGCUGUGUCCAUCUGCAAGGGACUGAUGACCAAGCACCCCUCAAAGCGCCUCGGCUGUGGCUCCGAGGGGGAGAGGGACAUCAGGGAGCAGGCCUUCUUCAGACGCAUCGACUGGGAACGCCUGGCGAACAGAGAGAUCCAGCCGCCAUUCAAACCCAAAGUGUGCGGCAAAGGAGCAGAAAACUUCGACAAGUUUUUCACGCGUACGCAGCCCGUGCUGACCCCCCCCGACCAGCUCGUCAUCGCCAACAUCGACCAGAGCGAGUUCGCAGGCUUCUCCUUCCUGAACCCUCAGUUCAUCCAUCCAUCCCUGCACAGUGUUGUAUGAGUGGACAAGCACACGGACUGGCGCUGAUUACAGGAUCCUUCCAAACUCCAACAAACGAUCCCGCAUUCAAAAGACUCAGAUCUCCCUCAAGAGUGUCCACUAGUUAUGAAUAUCUGUGCACAGACGUUAGGGGAGCAGUGUUAAAGAAAAAGGACAUGGCACUGAUAUUUUUUGCAUAAUUUCCCCCCAACAACAUAUUCUUUAUUCGUGUAUCUGUGUUGAUCUAAACCUGCAGCCUUUUCAUGUUGUGUAUGAAUGUGUCUAUCGGUUACUUUGAUAUUAGGUAUUAAAGAUGCAAAAUCUUUUCCAUUCUCAUGUUACUGCGCAACAAGCUGCAAUGCACGACAAGAACGGAACAUGUUUUUCUGCUCUGUCUCGGCUUCAUCUACUUCUGACCUGCUACACGUGUAUUUUAUAUUUAUAUACUAAAAAAAGAGGUAGUAUUCUGUUACAUGAGUGCCAAAGUAGAGGAAGAAGUCCUUGUUGUGACUGUCCCCCCUCUGGCCUUCCCAACACACUAAAACCCUAAACUGGGGCACAUUGUGCUCCCAGUUACAAGCUGUAAAGGCCUUUUCAACGCAGUGGAGUUCAGUUUAUAGGGUCAGAAAACUGUGGAUUAAAGAGACAGUGUUUUUAAGUACAAACAUGCUAUUUCCAUAUGCACAAAGCAGAUCUCUGUUGCAUGCUUAUUUUUCUGACUGUAUGAGCAGUAGACUCUAGGAUGCAGUACAUGUCUGGUAUCAUUGUAAAGUUUAGUAUUACAAUAUAAACUAUGUUAAUAUAUAAUUGUUGUAUGUUUUGAAAAGUCUUAUUCGAAAGAAAACGUUUUUAAUUGUUUCGGGAAAAAAAAGUUUUGUUCCUGUUUUGUGUUCCACUUAACUCCACUAAUACAUGUCAACCUCUGUUCCUUCUUUUUGUUGUAAAUAUGUUUCAAAGAGAUGUUGCAAAAUGAGAAGUUAGUUGCAGAUUUUAUACAACGAGAACUGAAUGUGCUUUUACUACCGUAGACAAUUUGAACCUUUCUAUGUUUAGAUUGCCCCUAACAAGAGUAUAUACACACACACACACACACACACAUAUAUAUAUAUAUAUAUAUAUAUAUAUAUAUAUAUAUAUAUAUAUAUAUAUAUAUAUAACGUUUGGCUGAAUAUUUGGUAGCUGUGGUAUCAGCAAACCUUUGUUAUAUGUAUUUCCACUAUCCAUUAUUUUCUACCACUCAGUGUCAUGGCGAAUAUGCAGCACCUACUGUGCGUGAAAUGGUCGAAUGCCCUCUUUGCCUUGGUCGCCUCAGGGCCGACUCCUUCUGUAACAAAUUAAAAACCCAGUAACGGUACAGUAGGAAGAUUCUUUCAGCCCUCGUGGCUGAAUUAUGUCUUUUCUUUCCUGCGUAUAUUGUGUGCAUGCGUGAGGCCCCCUGCAUGCUCAUGGAGAAUGGAGCUCACACGGGAUGAGACAAACCGACGGGCGUCGUGCGCUCUGCUACUCAUCGUCUCCUCGUGUAGCUCCACAUGUUUGCCUACAAAGAUAAAUUAUAAACAAGACAACAAUCUGUAAAAUG